CACGCCAAGCAAACGCUUACCCUAGCGGCAGAACUCUCCAAAGUUGACUACAGAGGACGGAGAGGACGAGUACUGAAGCCCUUACAUUUGCUUUUGGGAGUCUAGCCAAUACUAUUAAUCUCUGCAUCAGUGAUAUUAAUAACAUAUCCACUUUCAUUCUCUUUCACAAACGGCGUGCCACAAUGGCGUUUUCGAAUAUGCUUCAAUCUGGCGUUAUUGGAGAAAUCAAGGGCAACUAGAUCGUGUCCGCUUCUUUGGAAUUCUCCACUUGAAUCUCAGAAUUUGCAGCAACGGUAACAGUUACCGAAGACACAACGCUAGACCUUGUGAUGGCAAAACUGUACAUCAUUUUGUUGUUUGAGGCGCAGUUUGUAUCCUGGAUUUGUGGGCAUUACACUGAAGUGACGUCACACAGCAAUAACAAUGAGGUCCUGCAUGAGGAGGAGGAGGAGACCUAUUACACCCCCCGACUAGACUACAACAAUCCCCGCUGGUGCCACACUCUGACUUUGCCGAAUGGAGAUGUAUCCUGCUCCUCUCCGCGCCACAGGAACCACUACAGCUCCCUGGGUACACGCUGUGAGCUGUCCUGUGACCGUGGCUACAAGUUGGUGGGGCGCCUGUCGUUGCAGUGCAUGGACAACCGUCGCUGGUCUGGGACAGCCCAUUGUCGGAGGGUCCGUUGUCACGUGCUGCCUGUGAUCCAGUAUGGUACGUUCCACUGCUCGGACAGUGUGAUGGUGGACUCCAGGUGUGAGUACCUCUGUCACCCAGGGUACCAGCUGGAGGGAGACCGUGUGCGCAUAUGCCAAACCGAUGGGAGUUGGACUGGUGCUGAGCCUAUCUGCGCAGACCACGAGUCUCCAAAAAUAAAGUGCCCCAUGUCCAAGGUUAAGGUGGCGGAACCGGGAAAACUUACCGCUCGGGUGUCUUGGGAUCGACCUCACACCUCGGACACCUCUGGCAAAACUGUUGACCUCAUGCGUGUGGGCCCAGAGUCUGGAUCCACACUCGCUGAGGGGAUCCACAUCGUCCGCUACCGAGUCUACGAUCAGGCCCGCAACAGAGCUGCCUGCAAGUUUACGGUGCAUGUGGAGGUCAGGAAGUGUCCACCUCUCAAGCAACCUCUCCAUGGUUACCUGACGUGCUCGUCCGACAAGAACAACUACGGUGCCACGUGCGAGUACCACUGCGACAGCGGCUACGAGAGGAGCGGUACCACCACCCGCGUGUGCCGCUUCGACCGCAGCUGGUCAGAUGAGCUGCCACAGUGUGUGUUGAUGCAGAUCAAAACAGAUGUGAAAACUGCAGCUGCAUUGCUCGACCAGUUCCAUGAGAAGAGGAGACUGCUGGUCGUAUCCACUCCUAAUGUUGCCAACCAGUACUACAAGCUCCAAAAUAUUAUGAUACAGAAAGCAGACUGCGGGCUGGAUCUGCGUCGUGUGACUGUGAUUGAGCUGCUGGGGGUGGAGCCUCGGCAGGUGGGGCGCAUUAAGGGCCAUUACCUGGACUCACAGGUCAUCGAGGGCCUCAGGCAAGCUCUGCACAUCUCCACCUCGUAUUUCACCAUGGUGCUGGUGGAUGAGUACGGCGUGGACCGGGAGCGCUUCAUGAACCCCACCACCUCCAUGGAACUCUACGCCUACAUAGAGGACUACCUGCUCGAAGAGGAGGAGCGAGAGCGCCUGGAGAUCGACAGGGACCUGUGCGAGUGAGGGCGACCUGCUGGGACCACCUGUUCCACGGCCAAGGGACCUCAUGUCCUUCUGACAGAAUGGGGGAUGAGCUCUGACACCUGGGGGGUAUUCGUCGUACGUGGUUUAGUGACAAAC